UUUUAAGGGCGGCGCUAGGAUCCAGAGGAAUAACCUCCCUCUCUCCACCCUCCCUUCUCCCCCCUCACAGCCCUAGACUGUUUUAAAGUCUCUGCCAGACUUGGCUCACACGCUAUCUCCUGGAUGGAAGGAGGAAUGGAAAGCGUUCAGCGCCUCUCUACCACCAGAACCUACACCGACUCUCCCCGCUCUGCGUGCACGACAAUCGCUGCCUCCACCGCCGCAGCCGCAGGAGCAACGGCGCGCCGUAUGGACCGCCACUGCUAGUGUUCACUUAGCCGCUGUCACCUGGCUGAGCGCAUCCACGCGCAUCCACAACCACCACUGUUCGCGUCCUACGCUGGUGACUGGGGGAAUUGGCCUUUUCUCGAGACAGAAAGACUAUUCAGUAGAUCUUUGACCAGCUCUCCUCCCUCCGUCCACCUCCACCUCUUUGGCGCAGCUCUUUACGCAUCGAACCCGUCGCUGAAUCGCCCGCAAACAGGGGGAAACUCAACAGUUGUUGCGGUUUAUUGUUUGCAUGUCGGCUUGCACAUUACUGCCAUGUGGAGGCUAUUGCAUUCGUGUCGCUGCUGGUGGAUUUUCUCACUGAUGGUGCCUGCCUUCGUUCUCCUCCGGGCAGAAUGUCAUCCUGCACUGACAGGAAGCCAAACCGAGUCCCAAGCCUCGAUCCAAGGACUUCGCAGAGCUACAGUCGACGGGACACGACCCCGCAGAGCUGCCACCGAGGAGACCUACUGGGCCUACUCAGGUACAUAUGGCCCAGAUGAAGGCUGGGCAUCAGUCUACCCAGAAUGCAAAGAGAGAAACCAAUCACCAAUAAACAUUGUGGACCAGGACACUAAAGUUUCCACUGAGUUUCAGGAACUGACACUCGAGGGCUUUGAUGCGGAAUCCUCUAAUAAGACAUCGAUGAAGAACACUGGCAAAACAGUGGCCAUCAUGUUGAAGGAUGAUUACUUCGUACGGGGAGGAGGUCUACCAGGGAGGUUUAAGGCAGAAAAAGUGGAGUUUCACUGGGGUCCGAACAAUGGAUCUGAAGGCUCUGAGCACAGCAUUAGCAGCCGCCGUUACCCCGUGGAGAUGCAAAUCUACAUGUACAAUUCAGAUGACUUCGACAGCCUCAGUGCAGCUCUGAGGGAGAGGAGGAUCAUCGCAGCCAUGGCCGUGUUUUUUCAGGUGGGGGCGAAGGACAAUCCUGCUGUAGACCCCAUAAUCCACGGCCUGAAGGGAGUGGUUCAUCAUGAAAAAGAGACUGUCCUUGAGCCGUUUGUGCUGAAGGACCUGCUGCCGUCUGCACUGGGAAGCUACUAUCGCUACACCGGUUCCCUGACCACCCCGCCCUGCAGCAAGGUGGUGGAGUGGAUCGUCUUCAGCAGACCUAUCUCGGUCUCCUACAAACAGCUGGAGGCUUUCUACUCGAUCUUCACCACGGAACAGCAGGACCACGUUAAGUCGGUUGAGUAUCUGCGCAGCAACUUCAGGCCCAUCCAGAGAUUGGACAACCGCCACGUCUUCAAGUCAGCAGUCAAAGAUGCCUGGCUGCCUGACUUGACUGAGCGCGGCAGCGGGCCGUAUGGCACGGAGGCGUCCAAAGUAUGCAGCAGUCCUCCCAUCAACAUGAAGGUGCAGCAUGUGAACACUAGUACUCUGGUGGUGCGCUGGGCUCGUCCUGAGGUCACCUACCACCCGCCCAUCCUCCACUUCCUGGUGUCUUACAGCUGGACGACCCAUGACGACAGCUACGAGGAAACGCACCUCACUGAUGCCAAACACAAACUGGAGGCCGUCAUAUCUCCCGUCUCCACCGAUGUGCUGUACCUGUUUCGGGUCCAAGCCAUCUGCAUGAAUGACAUGCGCAGUGACUUCAGCCAAAGCAUGCUCUUCAGAGCAAAUACCACCAGGAUCUUUGAGGGGACGAGAAUUGUGAAAACUGGAAUGCCGACGGUUUCUCCGGCCUCUUCAGCCGACAUGGCUCCCAUCUCCUCAGGCUCAUCUACUUGGACCUCCUCAGGCAUUCCCUUCUCCUUCGUCUCCAUGGCAACAGGAAUCGGGCCUUCCUCCGGUGGAAGUCAGGCGACGGUGGCAUCCUUAGUGACCAGCACUUUGCUAGCUGGCCUGGGCUUCAGUGGCGGUGUCAUCUCCUCUUUCCCCAGCUCUGUUUGGCCGAGCAGAGCACCAACCCAUAGCUGCAACUCAGCACGCCAGACCACUGAAGCUGCUGAGCUUGCUAAAGAUGCCACCACUUCUGCCUCUGCUGUCACGCCGGCCGCAGCCAAAGACAACACUGACGCUGGAGGGGAGGACAGGGAGAACACCAAAGGUCAAGGGGAGGAGGACGAGAGGGAAGGAGAGGAAAAGGAUCAAGAGAAGGAUGAAGAAGAGAAAAAGAAGAAGAGGAAGACAUCAGACCAUCUAGGCGGGACAGGGAGGAAGGAAAACAGCCCGGCGAAGAAUGAACCAUCCAGCGAGACCCCGGAUGCUACUGCAAAGAAGAAAAAAACGACUAAACCGGUUACAGAAAACCAACUGGACGUGUAUACCCACAAUCCACUUUACAACAAGUCAACUACCAGCACUCAGCCAUUCGAUGCAAUGGCAGAAUUUCCGGACCCCAACGACCCUCCAGUGACACUCAGACCUGGCUCAGGGAAGGACAAGCAUCUCUGGCCCUUCUACAUCAACAUUGAUCAUCCCAAUGCGGUAACCAACCUGACCCACCGGACAAGGCUGCGGUCUGGGGUGGGAUUGGACCGCAUUGAGUGGCUGGUACCAUUGGCGGUGGUUUCAGGUCUGACGUUCCUCUGCCUCGUUCUCCUGCUGGCUCUGCUUGUCUACUGGAGACGCUGUUUCCAGACAGCUCACUUCUAUGUGGAAGACAGCAAUUCGCCAAGGGUGGUACCCAAUGAGACAAUCCCUGUCUUUCACAUUCCAGAUGACAUGGAGGCCAUUCCAGUCAAGCGCUUCAUCAAACACAUCUCUGAACUUUAUUUGAAUAACCAACAAAGAUUCUCUGAGGAUUUUGAGGUUCAACGGGGCACUGCUGAUAUGAAGAUCACGUCCGAGCACUCAAACCACCCUGACAACAAGCACAAGAACAGAUACAUAAACAUAGUGGCCUAUGACCACAGCAGAGUGAAGCUGAUGCCGCUGGCCGGAAUGGACUCCAAACACACGGACUACAUCAAUGCCAACUAUGUGGACGGUUAUAAUCAGCCCAAAGCCUACAUCGCAGCUCAAGGACCUCUUAAGUCCACCUUUGAGGACUUUUGGCGGAUGGUGUGGGAGCAAAAUGUCUGCGUCAUUGUCAUGAUCACCAACUUGGUGGAAAAAGGAAGGAGAAAAUGUGACCAGUACUGGCCAACAGAGAACAGUGAAGAGUACGGCAACAUUAUAGCCACACUGAAAAGCACCAAAGUUCAUGCCUGUUACACGCUUCGCCGCUUCAUAUUACGCAAUACUGAAAUCAAAAAGGGGGGGAAGGGGAAACCAGAGGCGUUGGCCCAGAGUGAACGGACCGUGCUCCAGUAUCAUUACACGCAAUGGCCAGACAUGGGUGUCCCGGAGUACACCCUGCCCGUCCUCACUUUUGUCCGCAGGUCCUCGGCCGCCCAGAUGCCUCACAUGGGACCAAUGCUUGUCCACUGCAGUGCUGGAGUGGGUCGGACGGGGACGUACAUCGUCAUAGACGCCAUGCUGCAGCAGAUCAAAGACAAGAGCACAGUAAAUGUACUGAGCUUUCUCAAACACAUACGUACUCAGCGCAACUACUUAGUCCAGACUGAGGAGCAGUACAUCUUUAUCCACGAGGCCUUGACGGAAGCCAUUUUGGGGAAGGAGACAGAAGUGACAGCCAGCCAGCUUCACAGCUACUUCAACAGCAUCAUGACACCAGGACACAGCGGAGAGACGCAUUUGGAGAAACAGUUCAAGUUGGUAACACAGUGUAAUGCCAUAUUCAUGGAAUGCAUCGAUGCUCAGAAGGAGUGCAACAAAGAGAAAAACCGAAACUCCUCUGUGGUGCCAUCGGAGCGAGCGAGGGUCGCCCUUGCACCUUUGCCUGGCAUCGAAGGCACCGAUUACAUCAACGCCUCUUACGUCAUGGGUUACUAUCGAAGUAAUGAAUUUAUCAUUACCCAGCAUCCUCUGCCCCACACCACAAAAGACUUCUGGAGAAUGAUCUGGGAUCACAAUGCACAAAUUAUCGUUAUGCUGCCUGCCAACCAUGGACUGGCUGAGGACGAGUUUGUGUACUGGCCUUGUCGGGAGGAGGCCAUGAUCUGCGAAGCGUUCACUGUCACCCUCAUUAGUAAAGACCGACUCUGUCUGUCCAAUGAGGAUCAGCUCACCAUCCACGACUUCAUCCUGGAGGCUACACAGGAUGACUACGUUCUAGAGGUUCGUCACUUUCAGUGCCCCAAGUGGCCUAAGCCCAAAACGCCAAUCAGCAGCACCUUUGAGCUCAUCAACAUCAUUAAAGAGGAGGCAGCCACCCGCGAUGGACCAACCAUCGUCCACGAUGAGUUGGGAGCCGUGUCGGCCGGCGCUCUGUGUGCCCUCACCACACUGUCACAGCAGCUGGAGAACGAGGGCGCCGCCGACGUCUAUCAAGUGGCCAAGAUGAUCAACCUCAUGAGGCCAGGUGUCUUCACAGACAUUGACCAGUACCAGUACCUCUACAAAGCUCUGCUCAGCCUAGUCAGCACAGGGGAGACCGGCGCGUAUUUUCUGUCCAGGGACACUAAUGGAACCAAGGCGUCCAUGUACAAGCAGUCUGACCAGGCAGAGGACACGGAGUCCCUGGUCUGAGAGAGGAGGGAUGGAGCUGAGGGGAGCUCAGGUCUUGUGGGUCCAAAUCCUCUGCAAGGUCUCUGAGGCACUUAACUUCGUGAACCGUCAAGGAACUAUUGUGAAGACUUUUUGAGGCCUUUUUGCCAGACUUUCGGUUAAAAUGAAUAACCUGAUUACUUUUUUACACUGAUAAAAAGUUUUUGAUAUUUAUUUUUUUCGCCAUUUUAUGUCUUAAUGUUCUCCUACUGAAAGGUUUGCACCUGCAUUUUUUAGUUCCACGACGGCAUCAGUAGGCAACGAGAAACACUUUGCGGUCUUUUCUUGUUUGCACUAUAUAAUGUCAGUGUUACUGCCUAUAGUAAAGCUGGCACACUCUGCUUUCUCUCCAAUCUAGCUCUGAUCUUUCUUUUUCACAUUCCUUGGCUGUGCUUCUGUGAAGGACAUUGUUGUGCUGCCACCUAUCAGUGGAGUGAGGAAGGCACCAACUCUCUGCCUCAGUGACAUAAUGCUGUUCAGCCCAGUGUGACCUCCUUCGUCCGGCUCAUCCAUAGUACUCAUACUACCACUCAUGCUCCACUCAUUUAUCACGAGGACCCAGAUCUUGGAUCUUAUUGCCACAGACGAGUAGUGCUUGUUUUUUCCAAAGUAGUUUCCUCUUCAUUGUUCCUCUCUCGCCUUUUUUUGUCUGGGUUUUCUUGUCACUCUAUCUUGUAUUAGCAAGUCACACCCAUGUUGGAAAUACCUAAGGUGGAGUAAUAACUGCUACUGUGAAACGUUCUUAUUAUGUCUUUGUAUAAUUCAUACUAUGCUUUUUAGUAUAUGGAAAUACUGUAUGUAUACAUAUAUAAAUAUAUCCUUAUCAUAAUAACUUUAUAAUUUUUGUACAUGUCCUUUGUGGCCUCAGGCCUCCAGUAUUACAGCUGAUUCCCAGCCGUCUGGAAGCAGUCCUCUACGUACUUGUAUGCUGCUAUGUCAUCUCAACCAACACACACAAAUACACACAUACCAACACUACCGCUAGAGAUUCUACAUUUAAAAUAUUUACUAUAACAAACGAUGCAACAAUAUCACAUUGCCUCUCUUUAAAUUCACAUCAACGUUUUUUUUUGUCAUGAUUUUAUCCUGACCAACAAGACAAGGCCAGGUUGUGGAGCUCCCACUUCCUCUAAUGCACCUGUAUGUGUCUUUAUAGGGUUGAAUCAGUGUGAUCAAAAACCAGCUCUAUGCAACUAGUUGGUAAGGUUUUAGAAAUCUGAAACAGGGUUUAAAACAGUCUCCGGGUUCUCAGUAUUUGUCCAAUCCAGAUUGACCAGAAUCCUUAUUUUUUCUGUGCUUACGUUGUUUGGUGUAAUUACUGCUAAAUAAGCCAAUUGUUUUGCUGUAAAGGGUCUUCAUCUUCUCUGCAUGAUACGCUACAUCUUUGAUUAUGCAUGCGGUGUAAGAAUGGAAAGUCAGACUAGACCGAUUUUGCCAUAACAUUUCCCUUUAUUCACAUUGUGAGCACAAUGCUCACAAAGAGCGGUUACAUUUAAUGGUAUUUGUUAUAUUUGUUAAGAGCUGGUUUGUUAACACACAUGUUUUUGAUUGCAAUUUGAAACAUUAUCAUCUUCCAUCUGCACGUCCUGUACCCUCAUGUUCAGUGUUUACAAAAUGGUGGAUGAAAAUGAAUGCUCAGGUGUGGCUAAUUGCCACAAAAGACUGCAGUGAUAGUCUACCAUGACAAAGCAUUUCCUGUAGCCUCGAAAACAAUCCAAGUCCCUGUUAUAAUGUUCCAGAAUGAGUGCUAUUAUGUUUCAGGUCGAGUCACUAAAAGUGGAAGACAUUCACUAAUUGAGCAGAGUAGGCUAUUGAUGUGUUUAUUCAGUUUAAUGACUCUUGAUUUAUAUUACAUAAUUGCAAUGUGUUGAAAGUAUAAGAGGGAUUUUGUCUUCCUUUCUUUGAUAUUAACUUUAACAAGAAAAUGGAAUGUGACUCGACAAGACAUGUCAUCAAGUACAAGUAUUUUAUCAAUUUAUCGUUGUUACCAUUUACAACCUCUACAGUGUUAUUUGUGAUCAGGGCUAAACCAUAAAUAUGGAACAGAAAGUUAACUGUUUUCAGUGGUCACAAGAAGAAAGCGGCCCCCGCUCUGGGGACGGAUAGCUAGAUAGUUCGUUAGCUAGAAGGCUGGCUGAUUAGCUAGCUAAUUGCAACAUGCCUUGAUGCUACAACUGGUACUGAAAAAAGGCUGACCACAGUUGUCACUUAUGUGAGCGGAUGAACUGAUAUCAGCUUAUUCGUUUACACUGGAUCUCUGUGCUUUGUAAUAAUAUUACUUGUUUUUCCAAAUUUACUAUUGCACUGCUCAUUCUAGUCAUUGUAAAACCAACUCAAUUACUCCACUACUACAAUCAAUUUGUUUAGUUUUUAUAGAAGUCAGCCCGCUGCGAUGUAGCCACUGCAAUAAUAUACCUAAAAAUGAACGCUCCUCCGACCAUCCUGCUACGUUAAAAUGGCCCGUCUACCAAAACUAAGAUAGUAUUAGUCUAUGUCUUACAAUUAAUAAUCAGACUCCAGUACCUUUUCUGUGGAACAUUUAUUUCCACAAAAACUGACAGCCUCGGCCUUUGAUUCGUAAUGAAUUAGUCGCAAUUGCCACACACACUAAUCAAAUAAGGCCUUGCAAUCUGUUGCUUUUCUCAAUAAACCAUUCAUAAACGCAGAGAAAGAUAAGCUUAAGCUUUCAUAGGUUGCAUGUUUGUUUUCAUCAGCGAUUUCUAGACCCAAGCAUCCACAACGUCAUUCAAAGCCAGAGUUUUAGCAGUAACUCCAUAAACACACACAUAUAUUUUGUCCCUGAUUUUAUUGAUAUUCUGUGCCAUCGAUGGCGUGAAAGGACAACUUGGGGUUCUGCAUUUUGAAUGAAAAUGCGAAAAGAUUUUUUUCACAAAGCACAAAAAAGACAAUGGGUGUUGGCAAAUGUAUUUUGAUCUUUUCAAAAAACCCUUACCAAAGACUUGAACGCUUUGCCAACUCCUCUCCCCUUGUUGGACGCCCAACCCCUCUGUCUCCACCUGACACUAUAUAGUAAGGGGAAUGCUUCAAAGCUUCCCUUGAGUAUCUGUUGGCUUUGACUUCGGCAUCAUAGUCCUCACAUGCGUUGUUAGAUACCAUCAGUUGUGAUAAAGACACAAAGCGUUUUGGUUUAUGUCUUAAAUUGUUUUUUGCUUUUCAAAUGGGAGCAAAGUUCAACAAAACAUGUUCUCUUUCUGAAGAUUUUCUUUCUCUUCUUUUAUGAAACAAAAACUUAGCGUAAGUGGCCAGUCACACCACAAACUUUCCUAUGCACAUACUCACAAAAAGCCUCAGUAGCUAAUGUUACUGCUGAGCUAACUUUUACCAUGCUAAUGCUAAUCAAUCAAAUCAAAAGAGGCUUUUCCAUACUACUUGCUUUCAGUUGCCAACAGGACAAUAUGUUAAGGUGAUUAACUCAAGAGAAUACUAUCCACACCUGUAUAACAUAUACAGUAUGAAAUUGAAUGGUGUGUCAUGCAACAUGAUAGCUGCAGCCAUUUUGGAUUUCCAAUCCUUCAAAGCUUAGUGCUGUCCAGACAGGAAGCAGCUGCUAAAUGGCACAGGUAAACAUGUUGAAUUCAUGCUUUUCUAACUGCUGGUGUGGCCGUGCCCUUCAGAUCCCUCUGUCAUUUCUUUCUCUCUCCAUAUUCAACCUAUUAUGAGGUUAGUGAUCAUUCUGAAAGAAAAGUUUUUGUGAUACAUGUGUUGCUAAAUGCACACGCACACACACACAAAUUUACUUAUCUUCUGUUGCCUCUGUGACUCAGGCUUUGUCUGGAAAAUGUAUGUAUUGACUGGCUGAGAGGAUAUGUUUCAGAGAUUUUGCCAUUCCAUCCCAAACGUAGGUCUUUUACCAUAUUGACCAGAUAUGCUAAAAGACUUAGAAAGCUUAAGACUUCAAAUGUAACACAAAGCUCUACUAAGGUUUCCAAUCGAACACACGUGUGGUGUCGGGCGUCACAAACAUUCACACAGUGUUGUUGUUUGUGGUGGAUUGUGUGCAAGCCAGGUGCAUCCAGCUUGUGCUCAUCAUCACACUCCAGUUUCCAGCGCCACACCCUCCAUUGAUGUUCAGGCAGUGACUUUGAUAUCACAAUAAUAUUCCCUCUUCUAUAGAUUUUUUUUGCUUUGCGUUUUAGCCCCAUAGAGGAGGUUGUGUUGCCAGGUGUGAGCAAUAGAAUAACUCCCUCUCAGUCACAAAGUCAUUUCCUCACCACUGACCCAUUACGGACAGGUGGCUGUCCCUUCUUCUUCAAACAUAAGAUAAAAAAGAUAGAUUUUUGGGAGUUUGUUUUGUUGGAAGCUGUAUCUAUGAUAAUGUUAUUUAAUAUGUAAAAGGUAUUGCUAUACACAAAAUAAAAUAUGGGUUUUGGUGUA